GAGCACUACUAAUAAAUGUUAAGAAUAGUUGAUGAGAAUUGAAAACAGAGGAAGAUGGAGAGACAGAGAAAGAGAAUUGAAAGGAGAGGAUAAAGACUCUGUGACAACCAAGUAGGAUCCGAAUACACCGGGCUCUGUGUUGGGUUGGUUGGGUUGUGUUUGGUGCAGUUGUGAAAAUCCUUUCUUUCUCUCUCUGUCUCUCUCCAUUUUCGAAGGAAUAACCCUCUUAUCUUCUCAGUUUACAUCUCAUAAUCAAUUUCACAUAAACACCAAGGAUAAGAAGGAAUUCAGGAAAAUACAGAGAGAAGAGAAAACAGAGGAAUCCUAGUUCCUUUCUGGGAACCAAGGUUCCUCAUUCAUGCUGCAGCUUCCUCCUCUUUCUGCAUGCCCCCAAAUCAGGUGAUUUGCAGGUACAGCACAGCUAUGUAAUCACCUCUAUGGGAUGAUCAAUUGUUGGUGUAUCUUGUCUAUUGGUUCAGGACAUUAAAUUCUAGAGUGUUGGUUUUCUAAGGUUUUGUCUUCUCAGGAGGAUCAAUCAUAGUCACAGUGCCUGGUCUUUUUAGUGGGAUAUCACCAAUUUUGAAAGAUACAAUGUGGACUGGAUUAGUGAAAAAGUUAGCUUCAUCCACAAUGGGAAGCUGUGCCUCAAGGCCAAAUGGGAAGAGCAGUGGCCAAAGAAGAAGAAAGCACAAAUCUGGCAAACGCAGAGCAAACAUUUCCACUGCACUUCCUGAUAUGCCUUUGAAAAGGCUUAGCAAUGCUGGAAGCCGUGUUGGAGACCUUACUAUGAGUGACUUUGUUCACAUGGACUUUGACAAGGGUGCUUCAGGCACUUGCAGGAUUUCAGAGGUUUCAAACAUGAAGUUUCAUCUUACUCAGGUCCAAUACCAUAGUCAAAUGGAUGCAAAUGGAAAUUACCAAGAGGAUGCAUGGUUUGACUCAACUAGCAUUCUAGAAUCUGAUUCAGAUGAAGAGUUCAGUAGUGUGCAUGGAGAUUGUUUUCCCUUUGUGGGCAAUGCUUUGGGAGGUGUCUCAAAUACUCAGUUACUCCAGUAUGAAAGUGCAUCCUGCUUUGUAGAUUCAGGGUGUAAAUAUGAGGAGUAUUAUGAGAGCUACCUCAAAAUAGAUGGAGGUAUCUGCAAGAAUGGAGAGAAAACUCAGGAGAAUAGCUCAAAGCAAUCAACAGUUAUCAUGUAUUCUGUAACAAGGAAAUCCACUGAUGAUGCAUCUGAGAGAUUUCUAUAUCGUCCCAGAGCGGGGCUUCAAAUUCCCAGAUCAACUGAAGGAAAGCCGUUCGCUGGUUCCUGGUCUGCAAUUUCCCCUUCCUUGUUCAAGCUCCGUGGCGAAAGUUUUUUCAGUGAUAAGCAGAAGUGUCCUGCUCCAGACUUCUGCCCUUAUACACCAAUAGGUGUUGAUUUAUUUGUUUCUUCAAAGAAGAUAAAUCACAUUGCUAAGCAUCUUGAACUUCCAUCUGUUCAAGAACAUGGGAAAAUACCCUCACUCCUCAUUGUUAAUAUACAGUUGCCAACAUAUCCUGCUAGCAUAUUCCUUGGUGAUGCCAAUGGUGAAGGUUUGAGCCUUGUACUAUAUUUUAAAUUGUCCGAGAAUUUUGAAAAAGAGAUCUCGCCAUGUUUUCAGGAGAAGAUCAAGAGAUUAGUGGACGAUGAGAUGGAAAAUGUGAAAGGAAAAAAGGAUAGUCUGGCUCCCUUUAGGGAAAGGCUAAAGAUUUUGGCUGGGGUAGUUAAUCCAGAGGACCUUCAUCUGAAUUCUGCAGAGAGGAAACUUAUACAUGCCUACAAUGGAAAGCCAGUGCUUUCUCGUCCUCAACACGAAUUCUUUAAGGGACCUAACUACUUUGAGAUAGACCUGGAUAUACAUCGCUUUAGCUAUAUAUCGAGGAGGGGACUCGAUUCGCUCCGAGACCGUGUAAAGCAUGGAAUACUUGAUGUUGGCUUAACCAUCCAGGCACAGAAGCAAGAGGAACUUCCAGAGCAAGUGUUGUGCUGCUUAAGAUUGAACAAAAUUGAUCUUGUUAACCAUGGCCAAAUUCCCACUAUUGUGACUUUUCAAGAAAACUGAUUCAGCAAGUAUGAGUUGAACAAAGAGGGGACAGAAAAGAAAGGAUAAAAAUCACUGAUAUGUAGAAAGAAUUGGGAGCCACAUCUAAACCACAAAAAUAAUUAAAUAAAAAUAUGUAAAUAUGAAGAAAAUUGAGCCUUCUGUGUUUUCUUUUAAAAAAAAGUCACUGUGAUGAUGGUACUAUUGUCAUUCAUGUUACUUUGCAGGCCAAUUCUCUCUUCCUCCUUUUGUUGUGUCAAAUAGAUGAUUUCUGUUGAUGAUGACUAAUUAAUUGAAACGAUGACAGUCUAAAAUAAAAGGUUUAUUGGAAUGUUGAAUAUAUAAUUAUGAUUGGAUAUUCUUUUAGGCAAAAUUAUGUUUUAC